GGGCUGAUCAAGGAUUGUGUUUUCCAGAAGAAGUUCAAACAUACCUUUCUCCAUGUCUACUUUAAUGGCGUCCUCAGAAUUGCCAGCUGUAACAACUGCUGUAAACGCUGGUUCUUUACCUUCAACGGUGCUGAGUGCCAGUCCCCUAACGCCAUUGAUGGAAUAGUCUACAUGGCCACAGGCAAAAAUGAAGAUCUCCAUCGAGUCCGCCAUAUUGAAGGUCACUGUGACAAGAUCCACGAGGGACAUGUACGUGUUGGCUUCAAUGUGGGAAACUGCAAAGGGCACGGUAAUUUUGACGCGUAUACCGGAUGGAAUUCCGUUAGCCGUCUGUUUAUAGAAGAGGUGCCCAGGCCACAGAAGUGAUCCCGUCCAAUUGCACCACAGCUAUCCCAAUAAUUAUCCAUUGUAAGGAAUCGAUGUCUAGAUAUAGAUGAUUACUAUACAAUGAAAUUGACUUGAUAACAUAAAAUAGUACGGUUUGUAAUAAACCAUCAGUGGAUUUAGAAUAAGUUAAUCAUGCUGUAAUAAGGUGUUGGGUUGAAUUAAAUCAUGAAUUGAUGCAAA